GUUCAGGAAAGAAGUAUUGGCGAAAAAAGCUUUUGGUCUAUGUUGCCGUCUCCUGAAAGACUACUCUUAUGCGAGAAAAUUGGAUACUUCGAAGAUAAAGAACAAGAGAAUCAAAAGGAAAAUAUGGAACACAACUACAAUUUUCGUCUCGGCAACCUGAAUUUGGUUUUAACGGAUAACUACAAAGAGAUCAUGGUACUGACCCUCACACAAACUAUGUUCUCAUUGGUUCCGAAUUACUCGCAAGAAACUUUCAAAUUCAAUUUGAAAGUAGAGGGCAUCAUAGUCGAAGGCUGCAGCACUGAAGAUCAUCUGAUACCGAUAAUUUCUUCCGAACACUUGAGUGACAGUCCGGCAUAUUUUCUGAAAGUGGAACUCGAAAAAUAUCCUAAAAAGGCCUAUUCUAAAUACAAAUUGAGUAUCAUUAUGGAUUCCGUAGAGUGUAUUUAUAACAAG